AUGUCCGAUAUCGAAGAAAGCGCUUACAACGAAGCACCAGAAAAUUUUGAAGAUUUCGAACAGGCCGAUCACUUCUCUGAAGAUGAUUUUAAUGAACCAGAAGCAGAAAAUGAAAAUGUCAAUAACGGGGAUGUAGAAAUGAAAGCAGUCGAUGGAAGAACCAUUGUAAACGGCGGACUUGGACCAGAAGAAGUACAGCCGAGACCAAAGAGUGCUAAGGAAUUGGCAGUGCCAAAAGAAGACAGAACAACCACACCAUAUAUGACCAAGUAUGAAAGGGCUAGAGUUUUAGGUACCAGAGCCUUACAGAUUUCGCUUAAUGCGCCAGUUUUGGUUGACAUUGAGGGUGAAACCGAUCCAUUACAGAUUGCCAUGAAGGAAUUGGCACAAAGAAAAAUACCUUUGGUUGUUAGAAGAUAUUUGCCGGACGGCUCGUUUGAGGAUUGGGGUUGUGAUGAAUUGAUCAUCGACCAUUAA